GCUGAAGACCGGCAUGCCGCCGCAGCAGCCAAUAGAAAACGAUGGCAUGCUGGUUCAAAGUUUGAUAAUGGUGAUCAUGUCUUAGGAAUGGCUCGUGCAUUGUUUUGAAGAGUUUUUCUGCCUCUAAGACUGAAAUCAUGGACACGGAUGAGGAGCUGGAAAAACAAAUUUUCAGUAGUGACCAAGCCCAUGUUGAUGUCGACGAUGUCAAUGUUGAUGAUUUAUCCGAGGAUUGUAUUGAAGAAUUGCUUGCCAAUACUGAAGAGAAGGAAAAAUCUGAAGAGAUUGCCAUAAAUGGCUCCUGCAAAGAGAUUCAGGUUUUGAAGGAGGAUGAGGUUGUCACACUGAAUGACAAUGAUGACACUGGGAAGGAAGAUGCCCUUGACAACAUUGAUCCCCUUAGACAUACUAAGAAAUCAGCUGCUGAGGAGAUCGACCUGACAGGAGAUGAAUUGGCUUCAUCCUCAGAAGUUGAAGUUGUCAGAUAUAGCAUGACUGUAGAUGAAGUUUUUAAGGAAGAGGUGAUCGAGGCGCAAUCUGAGAACAAGCCAGAAAACUGCCAAGAAAUAAGCAAGGUUGAAGUGAUAGACUUGAUUCCUGAUGAGUCGACAUUAAUCUCCAAUGAGGUGAAGCUUGAAAGAAUUAACUAUGACGAUGGAGAGGUAGAGAAGAAAGAAGACUAUUUCUCCGAUAGUUCUGUUGAAGAAAUCAUUCCUGAGGUUGAAACUAAAAUACUAGAAUCGUCCAAAGACGAAGAUAAGUGGGAAGAUUGUGUUGAUAUAUCUGACAAUGAGGAUCCUGCUGAGGAGCAAAUCAAGCCAAAAACAGAGGGAAUUGAAAAAGAGGAUGUUGUGUUCAAUGGUCAAGAGUUUGUUGAAGACAAACCUUCAGGCUUCAAAGAAGAAAUUGUUGUCGAAGACACUGAUUUAGUCGAAAAGUGUGUUCAAGUGCUUCAUGAACAUGCUCCCAGCAACGAGGACAAAAAUUCAUCAACAUUUGAAGACACCAAGAUCCCAAAGGAAGAAAAUGUGUCAAUGAUUCAAAAGGAUGAUGAAGGGAAGAUUCCCGUUGAAGACCUAAAAUGCAUUGAAGCUAAUCACGGAGAUGCCACAAGUAAAGAGGACAAAAAUUCAAAGGCAUUUGAAACCACAGAGGAAUCAAAGAGAGAUGAUAUUGUGUCGGAGAUACCAAUAGAUGUUGAUGAAGAAAAAGUGGCUCCUGAAGAAAAUAAUGCAGACCCCAUUGAGGUGACUCAUGUACCCACAAAUGAAGACAUAAAUUCAUCAACAUGUGAGGCCACUGAAGACUCAAAGAGAGAAGAUAAUGAGUCGGAGAUUCAAGAGGUUGCUGUAGAAGACACUGAUGCAGACCAAAAAAGUUUUAAAGCUAUUCACAAACAUGCUACAAUUAAAGAGGAAAAACAUUUAUCAACAUUUCAUGCCACCAAAGACUCAAAGAAAGAGGAUAACGUGUCGGAGAUUCAAAUGGAUGUUGACGAAGAAAAAGUUUCUCCUGAAGAAAAUAAUACAGAACCUAUUGAUGUGAUUCAUGCACCCACAAAGGAGGACGUAACUUUACCAACAUGUGAGGCCACUGAAGACUUGAAGAGAGAAGAUAAUGAGUCAGAGAUUCAAGAGGUUGAUGAGGAAGAAAUCAAUGUUCAAGACGCUGAUGCAGACCAAAAAUGUAUUGAAGUUAUUCACGGACAUGCCACAACUAAAGAGUACAAAAAUUCAUCAGCAUUUGAUGCCACCGAGGACUCAAAGAAAGAAGAUAAUGUGUUGGAGAUUCAAAUGGAUGUUGACGAAGAAAAAGUUUGUCAUGAAGAAAAUAAUACAGACCCUAUUGAGGUGACUCGUGUACUCACAAAUGAAGACAUAACUUCAUCAACAUGUGAGGCCACUGAAGACUCAAAGAGAGAAGUUAAUGAGUCAGAGAUUCAUGAGGUUGAUGAGGAAGAAAUCAAUGCUCAAGACGCUGAUGCAGACCAAAAAUGUACUGAAGUUAUUCACGGAGGUGCCACAACUAAAGAGGACAAAAAUUCAUCAGCAUUUGAUGCCACCGAGGACUCAGAGAAAGAAGAUAAUGUGUCAGAAAUUCAAAUGGAUGUUGAUGAAGAAAAAGUUGCUCUUCAAGAAAGUAAUGCAGACCCUAUUGAAGUAACUCAUGCACCCACAAAUGAAGACAUAACUUCAUCAACAUGUGAGGCGACUAAAGAGUCGAUGAAAGAAGAUAAUAUGGAUUGUAUGAAGGAGAUUCAAAAUGAUGCCGUUGUUGAAAAUAUUAAAGACGGGGAGUGCCUCGAAGGGUGGAAUACGCCUGGAAAAGUGGAUAAAACUUUGGCCGAAGCAGAGGAAGGGAUAGAAAGAGAGUUUAUUAAUGGCACACAAAAUGAUGUUAGUGGAAAAUGCAUCCAAGAUGAAAAUAGCCAUGAGGGAAAACAUUCUCCAACAACUGACGUCACAGAGAAAGAGGAGAACCAGUCGGAGUCAAAAGAUAUAGUUGACCAAGAAAACAUGGGUGAAGUUCCUCUUGCAGCAGAGGUUUUAGAGGAAACCGAGAAAAAAGAGUACCGGUCAGAGUUACAAGAUAAAGAAAACACAUUUGCAGCUAAAGUUUCAGAAGAAUCUAAAAAAGAGGACUGGUCAGAGUUGCAUGACAAAUUUGCAGAAGAAAACACAAGAAAAGAUCAGUCUUCACUUGAGGCCACGGAGAGAAAUAAAGAAAUAGAGGACAAGUCUGAGAUACAAGAUUGCAACAUGGAUGUUGAAGAAAACGCUAAGACUGACAAGGAGAAGUGCCCUGAAGAAAUAAAUGAUCAUGCCAUUGAGCAGGAGGGCGCAGUUACCAUUGCUGUUGACGCCAAGAAGAAGGUUGAGGACGAGCUCGAUUUAAAUUCUCCUCAAAAGAAAGAUACUAUAUCAGAAGCUGAGCUUUCAGAUGUGAAAGAGGACAUGCCCAAAAUACAAGACGCUUCCGAUAAAAUUGACUCGGAUGAGAAGUGCCAUGAAGAAGGAGGCAUAGAGAUUGUAAAGGAGGCGUUGGUGGCGGAGCUCAAAGAUUUAAACUCAGAUAAUGCUGAUGACAAUGGAUCAGACUCCUACCACGAGGCGGCUGAUGGGGAAAAAUUUUUGGCCAACCCCAUUUUUGAAAAUAAUGAUGAUUUGGAAGUAGAUGAAAAUAAUGACAAGAUGGAAGUAGAUGAAAGUAUUGACAAUAUUGGAGAAGGUGUGGAAAUAGAACGAGAAGUGGUGAGUUGCUUGAAAGAUGUUCUUGAUAAAAUCAAUCACUGGUCAGACGGUUCCGACAACAGCUCAACCACAGACGAUGUUUGCAAGAUAAUCGAAACACAAACAAUAUCUGGGUCUGACUUUAUGGAGGCAAGUGGCAAAGAAACUGCCAAACUUAAGGAAGAUGAUUCAAUUAGAGGAGAAGGGUCAGAUAGUUCUUCACCUCUAUUGGGCAUAAUAAAGCCUAAGUAUGUUUACUCCCGUGAACAAGACGAAACAGACUCCGUUGAUAUCAACAUACCAGAAAUAUCUGAAGAUGAGGAUGGCGCAGAACCACUAACUCCGCAGGACACAAGCAGUCCUCUUGAAGAGAGAUCUCUCCCUCAACCAGCCCUCUCGUCUUCAGAAGAGGAUUUCGUUGGAUUUGAGAAACACGAACAGGAAGCAACCGUCAUCAAAACAGAUUCCCUUCUGAGGAACCGAAACAAGUUUUUGAAAGUGCAAAAUGGAACAGAGGUGCACUAUUUUAAAGCAGAAAGAUCGUCGCCAGAAAAUAAGCUGCAUCUUAAAUAUCAGAUGUCUCGAUGCACUGGUUGCCAAUUUAAAAUGCCAAAUAUCAGAUAUCCUCACAAAUGUGUCGACAACUUCUGCGUCUUCUGUCAACAAUCGGUGGGCACCACUUAUGAGGUCCACACCCUGGAGAACCAUUUGAAGGAUAUGAAGAGCUGUCCCUUUUGUGCACAACAAGUGGCCAGUGUGCAGCAGCUAGAAACUCACCUUUCAACGCACACAGACUUGAAAAUAAGGCCAAGUGUGUGCGUUGGCUGCAAAAAGGCCUUUAAAACUCUGGAGGGUCGAGUUAGCCACAAAUGUUCCUAUGAAAGCAUCUGCAAAUAUUGCAACAUCAUGUACCCCACUCCUGAAAAGCUGUCAGACCAUCUUGAGACGCAACACAAGAGAGAAACGCUGCAAAAAUCAAUCUUGAAAGAGCAUAAAAUUUUUAUGUGCACUGUGUGUGACAAAAGAUUUCUUUCCCUAAACAAAUUGGAUCUCCAUUUGAGUAGACACUUCAGCUUUGAGGAAAACAGUGAGACAAUGUCUGCUUCUGAUGAGGAUGAAGUUGAUGCCGAAAACAAGGUCUCAGACGAGAAUGAAAGUGCAUCUAGACUGUAUAUAAGUAAUGUUGAAGAAAGCCAGAAGAUUUUAAAGUGCCCUCAUUGCACCCAUUCCAGUGACUGUCGAAGCAAACUCAAUGAACAUUUACACAUAUCAAACUUUUGCAUGCACUGUCUAACACAGCUGGGCUCUACACAAGAGUUUGAAAUUCACAUGGUUGAGUGCCAUAGCUCUGAAAAACGAUGCCAAUUCUGCGAAGAGGACUUCAACGCAGCUGAAGAGUUAGUCAAGCAUUGCAAAGUCCACACCAGCCUGAAUAUUACACCGUUUAUCUGCCCUCUCUGUUGCCUGUGCUUUAGCCUUAGAGAAAAUCUAGAAAGCCACAACUGCUCAGGAAGCAGCCCACCAGCUAAAAUUUUUUGCGCUCCAUGCAAGAUUUGCUUCAGCAGCAACCUUGCCCACGAAUUUCACAUGCUUUACCAACACUCGGAAACUUAUAACUGCCCUACCUGCAAAUCUGAAAAUGAAUCAUACACGCAGCUCUUUGGUCAUUUGAAAAAGGAUCACUCUGAGUCGCUGAUUUUAUCAUUUCUUUGUGGAAAGUGCAGGCAGUUGUUUGAGACUGAAGAUGACUAUCACAUACACCGCUGUGUCGUUGAUGGUGCGUCCAUGCUUGAAAUUACGGAAUCUGAAUCAUCGGACCAACUCCUGGCAUGUCUGAUAUGUGGCAUGGAAUUCAACUGCGAAGAAGAAUUAGACGUUCACUUUAACACUCUUGUCGGAGAAGCCAUAAAGAUUGCCAAAGAGAAGUUCUGUUCAUUCUGCAAAGUGGAAUUUGCGACAAGAUCCAGUUUUGAAAGCCACAUGAUAAGACACCAUUUGUCUAUUCAUCAGUGUCCAUUCUGUCUCAAAUUCUUCUCUUCGAAGAAUGCAAUGGAGCGGCAUUUGCUGCACCACACAAACAUACACCGCCACGAGCUGUAUUGUGGAACUUGUCGAAGAAUACUUUUUUCACGUGGUCUCUUUGAAAGUCACGUUUGCCAAGAAGAUGAAAUUGAAACAGACACUGACAAUUCUAAUCAAGGAGAGGACAAACUACAAAAGAUCUUCUGUCCUACCUGUAAUGAGGGAUUCAAAAGUGAAAAAAUUCUGAACAAUCACAUUCCUAUUCAUGAGGUUAAGUCAUUCCCAUGCACAAUAUGCCAGCGUCAGCUAAAAUCUGCAGCUACGUUGGAAGAACACCUGAAUCUUCACAAAAAUGCAACUACAGCUUCACCAAAGAUGGAGCUCGAGCUCUCACCCAGGCUACGAGUCCCGAAACUGCAACUAGCAGACGAAAGCAAUAAAUGCAGACCAUGCAAGAGAAUAUUCAGGACAACUGAAGAGUUUGACAGGCAUAACGAGACCAUUCAUUGCUACUCUGUAAAGCUAAGAGAUAAAGUUGACUCUUGCAGCUUUCUGAGGUGCCGUUUUUGUGACAUGAAGUUGGAGUCCUACUUCUGGGUCGCUCACCACUACACCACUUCACAUGACAUCAUAGCCAGUCUCAAUCACCAAUGUAAAAUGUGUGAUGUCCGCUUUCACAAGGCAUCCGAGAAAAUCAACCACUUUUGCCCAAAGACGUCUGCUGAUGAGGUGAAGCAGGAAGCACCCAGUCAAGACUUGCAACCAAAUAUGUCUGCAACGGAAAUAAAGGAAGAGCUGGAGGAUCCAGAAGAAACACUGAAGCAGAAAAAACAGGUGGUCAUACACUCGGUUGUUAAAAGAGGCAGGCCCAUGAAAAAACUGGAGGUGGAUCUCAACAAAUUGGAGCAUCCUUGCUCCCAUUGCAAGGAUGUAUUUGUCAACCAAAAAUCCUUAAUGGAUCACUGCAUCAAGGUUCUCUUCUGUGUCAAGUGCCUGAAGAGCUUUCAAGACAAGGACAAGUUUGAGCAGCACAUGAUGUAUUUGCAUUGCACCUCGUCAACAUGCAUGUUUUGCUCGGAAAAAAUGGCAAGCACUGUGUUACUCAUUAAACACUUAAAACUGCAUAGCAAACUCAAGUACAGACCAAAGGAGUCAAUCAAAGGCAAAAUUUUUGGCUGCCGCUGCUGUAACAACGCAUUCAAAAAGCCUAAUCUUUAUGAGAAACAUGUCAUUGAAAAUCAUGGGAACAGGAAAUUGUGUCCGUUUUGUGGAAAAUUCAUAUCCCUUCGCACCAAGAUGUUGGAACACUACUCCACCCACACAACUCUAAAUGCAGUGAAAAUUUUCAAUGCUUCUGAGAAAAGAAAAGCAGCCGAGCAUGCGAAAAAGCAGGAAGAAGCUGAAGAAAAGAAAAAUGCUGUAAAAUUAGCCGAAGAAAAGAAAAUUGCAGAAAAAUUAGCCGAAGAAAAGAAAAUUGCAGCUAAAUUAGCCGAGGAAAAGAAAAAUGCUGCAAAAUUAGCCGAGGAGAAGAAAAUUGCAGCUAAAUUGGCUGAAGAAAAGAAAUCUGCUGCUCAAAACAAAAAGCUUGCUAGUGUUGAAAAGAGAAGCCCGGCUCAAGCCAAAAAGCCUUCGCCGGUAAAAUUGACUCCCGAGAAGAAAUCAACUGCUGUUGGUUCAAAAGCCUCUUCAGUGAAAUCUGCUGAGAAAAAGGACGUUGAAAACCUGAAGGGGAGGAGAACAAGGUCUAAAGGUGUAGAAAGUGAGGAAGCCCCUGAGAGUGAGUCUGCGCCUUUGCCUUUGAAGCCCAGUCUGAUGGUGAAGGGAGACAUGUGCAUGGUCUGCAAAAAGAAGAUCAGGUCGCAAUCCCUUUUGUACCAUCACGUCAUGGACAACCAUUUCAAAGGCAGUCUUCAAUGCCCUUUCUGCGACAAAAAGUUUAAUGCCUUAUUCAAAACAAAAAUGCACAUUUGGAAAUUGCACCUAAUCAAGAUGACCCAAGAGCCUGAGUUGAGUGAAGAGGCUCCAGCAGACAAAGAGAUAACUGAAGCACCUCAACCUGCAACAAAUCAAUCAGAUGAAAUAUUCACAUGCAGCAUUUGUGCCAAAAUCUACUCAAGCCAGCACUUUGUGGACAAGCACAUUCGCCUUUUUCACAACAUAGACCCUGCCAAAGCACAGCUUCUUGAGCGUACUGUCGGUGCAUUCCCAUCGAACUGUGACGAGUCAAAACUGACUUCAGUAGGACCUGACCAGAACACGUUCUGCUUCCACUGCCAUACCUCUUUCAACACUCCCAUGGAACUCCGAGCUCACGGAAUGAAAGCUGGCGUGUUUUGCGAGUUCUGUCGGCGCACCUUGCCCGAUUCAGGGGAGUAUGAAAUGCACAUGCUUGAGGAGCACCCGAUGGAAGACACUUGCCAGUUUUGUGGUGCCUACAUUCCUAACAAGCCCGCUCUGGAAAUCCACAUUAGAAAGCACACUAAAAUCGGGCCCAUCCACUACAAGUGCUUUGGUUGCAACCAAAUCUUUACGAGCUCCAAAGCCAAAGACGAGCACCCCUGUGUUGCUUUUGCGUGCCCAAAAUGCAACAUGCCGCAGAAAGGUCCUGAUGGUCUGGAAAACCACUUGGCCACUGCUCACAAUGAGGCUGAGAAAGCAGCCCAGGAGCCACCACGCCCAAUGUCAGUUGAAGUUCCUAUUUCCACUGCUACUGCCAAGAAACGAGGAAGGAAAAGACGAGUGGACGCUCGACUGCCUUCAAAUGAUGAUUCCGAAGGCUCUCCUAACAAACAAAAACGAUCUGAUGAAGACAGCUCCUCUCACAAUUCGUCAACAGUACGUUCCGAGGGCAAAAAAAUUUCUUCAACGGUUGAAUGUCCACACUGCGAUCGUCGAUUCCAAAAUGAGCAUGGUUUGCUGGUGCACUGCUCCAGUGCCAAGAUUUACUGCCGCACCUGCAAGAAGAUUUUCCCAAGUUCGACAGAUCUAGCUAACCAUGUCAAAACGCACGACGAAGCAGGUCCGACCACCUCCAACCAGUCUGAAACUGAUGUUGGCUAUUUUGGCUGCCGAUUCUGCGGAGAGAAGUUUGAAAACUACUCCAGCCUGAACAAUCACCAGCGCAUUCACGUCAUAUACCAGUGCAGCAAUUGCCUGAAAGUGUGUGACAGUGAGUCUCUUCUCAACAGCCACAGAAGGCAGUGCUUCCCGUCAUUGGGCACGGUUAUCAAACAGGAGAGUGACUCCGACUCGGAUAUUAUGGUGAUCGAAGACACGCCGAAGAAAGCAAGUGGUGGCCAAUUUGUCCUGCUGUGAGCAGUGAGUACUGGAAAAUUUUUAUUUUUGUAGUGCGUACCGGUGCGUACAAUUAUUGUGAAUCUCAAUCACUUUUUGAAUGUAUUGAAAAUCAAAAUUGGAAAAUAAUCAAUAUUUUCUUUUUAUAAAUAUUUCGAAAGCUGAUGUUUAGUAAAAUCUGUCAUCGUGAAAUAAAUCAAACAAUUAGUAAAAAUUGAAUUUUGAUUGCCAAACAGUACGCGUGGCACAAGUGUGAAAGUACUUUUUUUUAGUAAAAUGUUAAUAAGAAAUUAUGAGCCAAUGGGAUUGAUAUGAACAUAUUUUUAUUAUUAUUUUACAGGAAUCUAUUUCUAGAACAUGUAAUCUAUCAAGAUGGAAGUACGGUGUACAUAUAAUGCCUGUACGUCGUUUCAAUAACAUAAUCCCGUCACGUCAAUUUGUUUAUUUUUCUCAUCAUAAUGAAGUACAAUCAAUAGAAAAAACCUAGGUCAAACAUUUCAUUAUAAAUCUGUGUUAUGAAUUCGGUUGCGAAGUCCAGUUGUGUGAAAGAAAACGGCAAAAAAUAAUCUACAUAAACCACACCAAAAAUUAAAGCAGCACUUGUAACGUCUGUAGUGCUUUCAUAGAGUAAUGAACUAAAAGUGGGUUAUUCAUUUGCUAUUUUAAUCUGAUGUGACAAUUGCAAUGAGAACUUGAAAGUUUCUAAUGAGAGAUAGAUGUGAGAAGAGAAGUUUAAAUUUACGCGAAUUAAAUAUUUCACAUGGUCGAUUUGAUAUUAUUAUUUCUUUUCUCUGUAGCACCUGUGUGCCCAUUUUAUGGAUUUGAAAAAUCACAUCAGGUUACCCUGCGCAUU